GCGGUGCGGACGGCGGCAGGUCGGCUUGGGUAUUGUAUGCGGCAGCCAAGCACGCUCGAGGCGUUCCGCUCUCUCCUCGCCGAGGCUGGCGACACGCCGGUUAUCGUCGACUUCACUGCGUCGUGGUGCGGUCCUUGCCGGGCAAUCGCUCCAACCUUCGAGCAGCUCGCGGGCGAGUUCCCGGCGGCCAUCUUUUGCAAGGUGGAUGUGGACGCGAACCAAGAGACCGCGGCCGAGUGCGGUGUCCGGGCGAUGCCGACCUUCAAGGUGUUCCGCGGCGCGCGCGAGGUCGGCGCUCUCCAGGGCGCCAACCCGGCCGCGCUGCGCGCGCUCGUGCAGCAGCACGCCGCCGCCGCCGGCAUCGACAAGGCCGCGUGCGACGCUGCGAUCGCGGACGUGCUGCGGCGCAACUCGCCGCCCGCCGCGCGGACGGCGCUGAGCACGGUGCUCAAGCUGGUGGACAACGUCAUCGCAUCGCCCGCCGACCCCAAGUUCCGGCGCGUCAAGGCGUCCAACGAGGCGGUCAAGCAGCGGAUCGUCGCCGCGCACGGCAUGCCGCUCCUCGCGGCGAUCGGCUUCCGCGAAGAGGGCGAGAGCAUGGUCCUACCGCCGGGAGUGGACGCGGUCGCUCUCGGCGACGCCCGACGCGCUCUCGCCCUCGCCCUCGCCUCGGCUCCGGCUCUGGCUGCGGCGGCCGCAGCACCGCCCGCCGCGGUCGCUCCCGCCGCCUCGGUGGUCGCUCCCGCCGCCUCGGCGGUGCCGUCGGCUGUGCCGUCGGCUGCUUCCGCCGGUGACGGGGCAGGCGAGCCGGUGGUGCUCUACGUGUACGACUUGUCGGGCGGCGCGGCGCGCGGCAUGGCGCAGGCGCUGCUCGGCAUCGACGUGGAGAUCAUACCGCACACGGGGGUCGGCGUGUUUGGGCGCGAGUACUACUUCUCGGGAGGCGUGCAGCGGGAGCCGCUCGGCGCCUUUACCGCGCAUUCGGGCUUGCCUGUCCACCAGACUCUCGAGCUGGGCCGCACCAGUUUGCCGCGCGAGGUGUUCGACGAGUAUUGCGACGAGGUUGGCGCGGCGCGCUUCUCCGCCGACGCGUACUCGCUGCUCGAGAACAACUGCAACCACUUCUCGAACGAGUGUGCGCAGUUCCUGCUGGGCGUCGGAAUCCCGCAGCAUAUACUCGACUUGCCGAGAGCCGUGCUCGCGUCUCCGAUGGGGCAGAUGCUGCGCCCCCUCCUCGAGGCGAUGGGCCGCCCCCUCAACGCGUCGCUCGGCCACGGCGACGCCGCCGCAGCCGCCCCGCCGACACAGCCGAGCCCGCUGCCCCAGCCGCCCUACACCCCCCCGGCGGGUGUGCUGGCGGCGGUGCGGGCGGAGGAAGAGGCGGCGGCGGCGGCGAGGAGCGCAGCGGGGGCGGGGGCGGGGUCGACGGCGGCGCCGCCGGCCGCUUGCGCACACCGCUAUGCGGUCAACACGCUGCAGGGAGAGACGGUGGAGGUUGCUGGGAGACCCCCUGCGGUCGAGACGGUCGGCUCGCUCACCUCGGCAUUGCUCGCGCUGCGGCCGGGCUGGGCCGGGCGGCGCCUCAAGUUGCUCUGCCACGGAAAGGUGCUUGCGGACCCGAACCAGACGCUGGCGACGGUCGGGCUGGACGUCGGCGCGACGCUCGUGGCCUUCCUUCCGCCGCCGGCGCAGUGAGGGCUCUCGGGUCCGCGGCGCGCAUUGAAGAUAUGGUUGCUUGGCCCUCCGAGUCCCCUCCGCCGGAGCCGGAAGGCGGGGAGGGGGAGGGGGGGCACUGAUUGGGAGUGCCACACCUCCAGUGGUGUUGGGGAGCGCGAAAGCGGAGGAUAGUUCAGGAGAAGAUAGCAAGAAAGUCGAUAUCCGUUGUCAGGUGUGGAGCGCCGCGCGUGUCCCAUACUUCCCGCUCCUCCCUCGCUCGCGUGCGUGCGCGAUGUGCGCGUGUCCUGUGCGGUCCGUGCGGUCCGUGUCGGCACUGUCGCGUGUGUGCGCGGCAUACGGCUC